UUUCGUUAGAUUAACAAAAAAAUGAGAUUUGAAACAAUGAGAAUUCACUAGGUAACGGUCACAUGCUACCUUUUCUUUCUUUUUUUUUGCAAACGUGAAAACAUUUAUACCGAACUCCAUUCUUGCUCCUACAUAUUCCGCGCCUUGCAUGCACCAACAUGCAUAACCAACCACUCACUCUAACACUCAUCACACUCUCUCAACAUCAACCAUGGAUACUACCAAGAAAUCCCCCUUGAAGCCAUGGAAGAAGGGUCCAACAAGAGGGAAAGGCGGCCCCCAGAACGCUUCGUGUGAGUAUCGAGGUGUUCGCCAAAGGACUUGGGGGAAAUGGGUUGCUGAGAUCAGAGAGCCAAAGAAGAGAACCAGGCUCUGGCUUGGUUCUUUUGCCACGGCCGAAGAAGCCGCCAUGGCUUAUGACGAGGCUGCGCGGAGGCUCUAUGGACCGGACGCGUAUCUUAACCUUCCCCACGUGAAACCGAGCUCCAACUUUCCCAUCAAAUCUGGGAAAUUCAAAUGGAUGCCAUCCAAGAACUUCAUUUCAAUGUUCCCUUCUUGUGGACUACUCAAUGUGAAUGCUCAACCUAGUGUUCAUCUAAUCCAUCAGAGGCUUCAGCAGUUUAAGCAGAAUGGGGUUGUGAAUCAAUCUCCUAGUUCGUCCAAUGAUCCAAAGGGUGAAACUAAGAGUGUAAAAGAAAGCAAAGUUGAUGCAGAAGAAGAUCCUCCAGAGGAGAAAAACACUCGAGCAUCAUCGGAGGCGAUGCUUGGAGAUCUUCACGAGAAGCCACAGAUAGACCUUCACGAGUUUCUUCAGCAGAUGGGAAUACUGAAAGCAGAAAUACAGGAAGAAAGAACCGAUAGCUCGGGGAGUUCGACAGUGCCUGAAGCUGCAUCGUGCGAUGACUAUGCUCAACUAGGCCUGUUUUCUGACACAAGUGUUAACUGGGAGGAACUGAUUGGGAUGCAUGGAAUUGCAGAUUUUCCAGAAUCUGAAUCCACCCAGUUGGAAGCAUAUGAAACAAAUUAUGAGCUCGAUUUCUAUUCUUCCAUCUGGAACUUCUAAGAAACUUACCUGGUUUUUCGGAAAAGAGAACUACUCUAUCCUUUAUAGCGUCGAGAUCUAGUUAGAUAAGCGAGUACUUAGCAUAUCGGCCUAAGCAUAGAUAGGAUGGUUUUGGUUCUACUGCUACUCUCCAGUCUAUUCCUGUUUUGUCUUAUGCUUGCUGAGUUUCAAUCUGUUGGUAGCAAUGUAAGAGUAGGAAGUAGCUUAGAAUAGAAGACUACCAGUGUGUGAAAGAACUAAGAAGCUUAUGAUAAUAGAG